GUACACUCAUCUUCUUUUCCUUUCCCUUUCUCUUAUUAAUAAGGAAGUUGAAGAAUAUGAGCAUGUUUUAAUUUCUAAUCCUUCUUCUGCAGAUCUAGCCUUAAAACUUUCUUUUGCAUGUGGUGGAUUAUUAUUACCAAGAUAGUCAAAUUUGAGCGAAAAGGACCGAUUAGAUUCUGAACCUAAUUCUGAUUUGAUUUCUUGUUGGAUUAUUGGUUAUGUGAGUUAUAUUUUUACUUGGAGAUAUGUUUGUGAAUUUGUGCUAAUAGUUCUGUUAUGGGGUUGCUGUGGUUUACCACCUUGUGGUAUUGAUACAGUAUAUGAUGGAACACAAUGGGAAACAUUUACAAAUCUAUCUGAUUUAUGUAAGAUCUCAAAAGCCUAUCAGUUAUGGCAAGUUUUAGCUAAAGAUUCUACAUCAAAGAAGAUAGAGAGAAAAAGCCUGAGCAGCUUGAAGAAGAAAUUGGUGGUGCACUGCUUCUUAUAUAGAAAAAUGAAGACUUUAGAGCUUCCUUGGCCUCUCUGCCUCUGCUUUUCCAACAUUUUACUCCUAUUCUGAUAUUCUCAGCACGCAAACAACACUCAGAUCCAAUUAGGCAAUUACAAUUCAUCAGGUACCAAUAUGUUAACAUAUUUCCUAGUCUUAUAUAUAUUGUGCAGGUGGACGAUGCAUUGAUGAUUUCCGUUAUCUAAACCAAUGGUUUUUGACUUUAGACUUUUUCCCCAUACAUUUAACUCUCUAUAAAUUUAGUAACAUAGGCAUGAACAUGAUUGUAUGCCUCAAAUAGGAUACAAUUUGAAGUAUAGCCCUUUUUAGGUUCACAUUUAAAAAUUUUAAUUGUGGAACUGUGAAUCAUGCAUUACUUAUGUGCUGCCCACUGCCUACCUUAGGGUCUUUGGUAAAUAUUGAGAUGAUGGCAGAGGGAACCUUUAGAACUUUCUUUGUCCUUUUUUAUGUUUUUGCUAAUUGUUACUGUUUUGCCGUUCAUUUUCAAUCCUUGUUGCUCAACCUCUAAUUUGCUCUUGAAGAUGUCUACUAUGGACGUGAAAUGAUUUCCCAGAUUUCUAAAGUCCUUGCAUCCCUGCCUCUUAUUUGACACAUAGUUUCGAUAAUCUCCAUGUGUGCCCUUAAAGAUGUCUGCAUUGGCCAUGAACAUAUUGAUUCGAUUUCUGAAGGUGACUGCUUGGUUACAUUUGAGGACUCUUGCUGUUUUUAUUUUACCAAUGCUUCUCUCUUUUUUUUUUUUUUUUGGGUUAAAAUGUAAGGAUUUGCUAAUGGUGUUAGCUGCUGUUAAUUUAUUCUGAUGCAGUUUUUCUUGUGGUAUUGAGAUAUUAUAUGAUGUUACACAGCGGGAAACAUUUGGAAACCUAUAAAUAUGCUGAUUAGAAACAAAAAGGAUCCUCUUGAUUGACUUCCUUGAAGUUGGUUACUAGAAUGGUGACUCUGAAACUAAUAUUGUCCUAAUAGGUGUGGUAUGUGUCACAAAUAUGGAGGGUGCUUUCAAACAAUUUGAGGAAGUUAUGAAGCAUGUGAAGAAAGAACGCUGGGAAAGAGCAUACAAGAUAAAGGACUGAUCAAUUGGGUGUGCUAAGUACAAUGCUUGGAUUUCUCGUUGCAGAAGUUGCACCAGUGGUUCUAUGCUUGGAUUUCUCGUUGCAGCUGUAAAAUAUAUAAUAUAUCCAAAUCAAGCCCCAAGAAAGCAAGUAAAACCAAUUGGUGGUCUUCACGUGAUUCUAAAGUUCAGAUUUUUACUCAACGAUGAUGUGCAAGAUGGAGUGCUUGGGCAGCCUGGUUUGAAUUUGUAAGCAAGGAAGGAACCUAAAGCCUUAUCGACAGAAAUUCCCUUUUUCUGCUCUUGCCAUUUCGACAUUAUAGAUUGUUGGAUACAUACACUAACUGAAAAGAUGGGAACAUUUUUAUUUCUUGACCAAGAGUAGGAGUGUUGUGUUAGUCAAUUGAUGCUAAAUAGUACUAAUCUCUUUUCAACUUGUAAGAUAUGUAACAUACAUUUUUUUUUUUUACCACUCUCUUGAACCAGAAACGAAUUGCAUCACGUUGGUAAAACUCGCUACACAUUCUGGUAUCUGCAUUUUGUCUCUCAAAUCUUGUAAUUGAGGAAGCCCAAGUUCUAAACCUGCUGAUUGUAUCAUUUUUAGUGUUUCUAUUCCAUAUUCUGCAACUUCCAUUCUCAACCUUCUUCAAAAACUCUCAGUUUGGUCCAGAAACAAUAGUUCCAUGCCAGAAGUGGUUCGGCCCCCUUUCCGUUUACCAACAUACUUUUCAGACUUUGAUUCUAUGUACUACUACAAUUUAGUACCACUUAUCAUCUAAACUUGAAUUAUUUUCUGCAGAUUGCAUCAUGUUGGUAAAAUCCACUACAUAUUUUGGCGUCUGCAUUUCGUCUCUCAAACCUUAUAAUUGAUGAAGCCCAAGUUCUAAACCAGCUUGUAUAAUUUUUCAAUCAAUCGCUGUGUUUUUU